CGCGGGGGACGUGUGCGGGCGUCUCCGCCAUCUUGUGAGUCUAUAACUCCGAGCCGUUGGGACGGUUCCUGCUAUUCCUGCGCCUCCACUCCGUCCCCUGCGGGUCUGCUCUGUGUGCCAUGGACGGCAUUGUCCCAGACAUAGCAGUUGGUACAAAGCGGGGAUCUGACGAGCUCUUUUCCACCUGUGUCAGUAACGGACCCUUUAUCAUGAGCAGUAACUCGGCUUCCGCAGCCAACGGAAAUGACAGCAAGAAGUUCAAAGGGGAUAACAGGAGUGCAGGGGUCCCAUCCCGAGUGAUUCAUGUCCGUAAGCUGCCCGGCGAUGUCACUGAGGGCGAGGUCAUCUCCCUGGGGCUGCCCUUUGGGAAGGUGACCAACCUGCUAAUGCUGAAGGGGAAGAACCAGGCCUUCAUUGAGAUGAACACCGAGGAGGCAGCCAACACUAUGGUGAACUACUACACCUCUGUUAUGCCCGUGCUGCGUGGGCAGCCCAUCUACAUCCAGUUCUCCAACCACAAGGAGCUCAAGACUGACAGCUCCCCCAACCAGGCGCGUGCUCAGGCGGCCCUGCAGGCUGUGAACUCAGUGCAGUCAGGAAACCUGGCAUUAGCUGCAUCCGCUGCUGCCGUGGAUGCAGGGAUGGCGAUGGCUGGGCAGAGCCCUGUGCUCAGGAUCAUUGUAGAAAACCUAUUCUACCCUGUGACGCUGGAUGUGCUGCAUCAGAUUUUCUCCAAGUUUGGCACAGUUCUGAAGAUCAUUACCUUCACUAAGAACAACCAGUUUCAGGCAUUGCUGCAGUAUGCAGACCCCAUGAGCGCCCAGCAUGCCAAGCUGUCGCUGGAUGGGCAGAACAUCUACAAUGCCUGCUGCACGCUGCGUAUUGACUUCUCCAAGCUCACCAGCCUCAACGUCAAGUACAACAAUGACAAGAGCCGUGACUACACACGCCCAGACCUGCCCUCUGGGGACAGCCAGCCCUCACUGGACCAGACUAUGGCUGCAGCCUUCGGUGCGCCCGGUAUAAUCCCAGCCUCUCCGUAUGCAGGAGCCGGGUUCCCUCCCACCUUUGCAAUUCCUCAAGCCGCAGGUCUGUCUGUCCCUAAUGUGCAUGGGGCCCUGGCCCCCCUGGCCAUACCAUCAGCAGCGGCUGCUGCAGCAGCUGGCCGCAUCGCCAUCCCAGGCCUGGCAGGAGCAGGAAAUUCCGUCCUCUUGGUCAGCAACUUGAACCCUGAGAGAGUCACACCCCAAAGCCUCUUUAUUCUCUUCGGCGUCUACGGUGAUGUGCAGCGGGUGAAGAUCUUGUUCAACAAGAAAGAGAACGCUCUAGUGCAGAUGGCUGACGGAAGUCAGGCACAACUGGCCAUGAGCCACCUCAAUGGGCACAAGCUGCACGGGAAGCCAGUUCGCAUCACGCUGUCCAAGCACCAGAGUGUGCAGCUGCCUCGUGAGGGCCAGGAGGACCAGGGCCUCACCAAGGACUAUGGCAGCUCCCCGCUGCACCGUUUCAAGAAACCAGGCUCCAAGAACUUCCAGAAUAUCUUUCCUCCCUCAGCCACCCUGCACCUCUCCAACAUUCCGCCCUCUGUGUCUGAGGAAGACCUCAAGACCCUCUUCUCCAGCAACGGAGGUGUCGUCAAGGGCUUCAAGUUCUUCCAGAAGGACCGCAAGAUGGCGCUGAUCCAGAUGGGCUCUGUGGAGGAGGCGGUGCAGGCCCUCAUCGAGCUGCACAACCACGACUUGGGCGAGAACCACCACCUGCGCGUGUCCUUCUCCAAGUCCACCAUCUAGGCUCGCACUCCAGCUUCCACCAUUCCAGAAAAAGCCACUUUAAAAGCAGCUGAAGUGACCUUAACAGACCAGAGAUUUUAUUUUUUUAAAGAGAGAUCAGUUUACCUGUUUUUAAAAAAAUUAAAUCUAGCCCACCUUGCUGUGGCGGGUGACAGCUUGGGCCACUACAGCCCUGCUCCUCCCGCCCUGUGCCCGGCCAGGCUGGUGCUGUGCCUUGAGGGGCCCAGGCAUGAGGCCACAGUGGUGCCCCAGAAUGCAGCCGCCUUCUUGUGCCUUAGAAACCCACCUGCCUCGUGGCCACAUGACCCCUGCCACCACACCGGCCAGGCACCCCACCCUUGUAAUCAAGUGACAUGAUUCUCCCAUGUCCCCUGGCUUGGCCCCCAGGGCUCAGCCGGCGCCUCAGCUGCGGAUCCUCAUCUGCCCUUUGUAUUACUUCACAAACCCUGUGCCUAGCAAUAUUCCCAGCUGACCAAAUAUCCUACUCUUCUUCAUUUAUAUGCAAGAAACAUAGUUUUAAGUAACUUUUUAUAGCGAUGAUGCGAUGGUAUGUGUGUACUCUAUGCUUCCUCUGUCCCUGUGCUGUCCCUUCCAUUCCUUGUGAUUAACUCAGUCACAGGCAGAUCCGGCUGGUGCCGGCUUCCCCUCUGCCUGUUAAGCGGCUCUGAGACUUCAGGGCCCCUGCCUUCCAAUUCUGGACCAAAGCUUGUCUGUCUGCCUCUGACUCGGGCCAGGUGGAGGGACCAACACCCAGGUCUUAGCUGCCUUUCCAGGUCACCUUGCUCCUGUGGCUGGUGGCCUUGGAUCCCGAGGUUCCAGAAGGUGCGGCCAGGGUGUAAAUAUUUAUGAUGUUUUUUAUACCUGUUGUGACGCGGAGGCAGCACGUCGCGGUUUUUUAUGGUGACAGAUGUAUAUUUUGGUAACAGCUACAGGCUCAGUAUUGUCCAUGGAGCCCGCGUGGCCACAGCACAUUCCAGCCCCAUCCCAGAUGGUGUCCACGGUGCUCCAUGAAGCCGAGACACCUGUGCCUUUCCUGUGCCCUUUCUGAGCUGUUGAAGGGGCUGGGCAGGGCCUGGGCUCUAAAAUAAACGCCAGUGUCCUGCACUGACUCCUCA